UUGAUCUGUUUCAGGAAAUUCGAUUACGAAAUUAGUCGGGCAGCUCAGAAUAACUCAGCUAUUGCUGGGUAUUUGAAAACAGACUGUGGCGCCGACGACAUCUGCGCUGGCACACUUUUCCCAGCUCUUGCACAACGUUUUCCGGAAGGCGAGGUCAUCAUCAAAUCGCACACGGUCUCCUAUCCACGAAUUAUUCUUAAUGAGGGAGAUGCUUCCAUCUAUAUUGAUUCUCGCGUCGAUGCUUUUGUACAGCAAGGAGAUCGAACACGUCGGUUCCUAACGUCAGCAAUGGAGGCGGAGGCUAAACUAGAGAAGCUCAGUUCUACCGAUUCUCUCACAUUUAAUCUACGGACCCAUCUCAUUUCAAUCCCAUUACUGGCAUUAACAAGCUGGAAUUUUCAGGUUGCUUCCCUGGUUGAAGGAAUUGACGAGAGUUCCCUGGAGUUCCUGGUGAAUGCUUUGACAGAGUUGAUCCUUAACGAAGACUUAGCAAAGAAGUUGAAAGGAGGUCAGCUAUUUUCUGGCGGAGCAGUGCAGAUUAUUUGA